ACACAAUGUUGUUUUCAUUCAGUCCGAGACCAAGCGCCAUGUUUAGUGUUAUUAUAACGUUUUCUAAUUUCGCGUAAAAAGUUAAAAAUUGUUCUGUAUGUUUUGAAUUUUAUGUUUCAUUAAAGAUUUCAUUAUGAAUCAAGAAUAUGAAAAAAGAUUGCUUAGGCAACAGAAUGGACAAAAUUCCGAUGAUUUGAUACGCGUAGCUACUCCUGUUAAAUCCCCUGCAAAAGAAAUUUAUGGUGAUCGUUUUAUUCCUUGUCGAAAUCCAAAUUCGUGGCAAGUAAAUUUUUCUUUGUUGCAAGAAUCCGCUAAGAAUUCUAAUCAAAGUAAAAAAUCUAAAGAUACCAAUUCAGAUUGUUCUAAAGAUGGUGUUGCGUAUAAUUGUUUAUUAAAGAAUGAAUUACUAGGAACCGCUAUAGAAGACGUGAAAGAACAAGCCGAAGAAAGAAGAGCUUUUGCACCCUGUGAAGGUAGAAAUUCUAACUUAUUCAACUAUCGCGUUCUGGACAAUUCAAUCAUUAAUGAAGCAUCGUCUCCAUAUUCCUUAUCCCCCGUUAGUAGCAAGAGUCAAAAGCUACUUAGAUCACCGAGGAAAGCAGCAAGAAAAAUUUCACGUAUUCCUUUCAAAGUUUUAGAUGCUCCCGAGUUACAAGACGACUUCUAUUUAAAUUUGGUUGAUUGGUCUUCGACGAAUGUCCUUAGUGUGGGGCUUGGGACUUGUGUUUACUUAUGGAGUGCUUGCACUUCGCAAGUGACACGUCUCUGUGAUUUAUCUGCCGAUGGAGACACAGUUACUUCAGUUUCCUGGGCAGAAAGGGGUCACUUAGUAGCUGUUGGUACUCAUAAAGGUUAUGUUCAAGUCUGGGAUGUUACAGGAAAUAAAUGCGUUUCAGUUUUAGAAGGUCAUUCUGCUCGCGUUGGAGCCCUUGCAUGGAACAGUGAUAUUUUAUCGUCUGGUAGUAGAGAUCGCUUAAUAUUACAAAGAGAUGUAAGGACUCCCUCAUUAACUCCUGAGCGAAGAUUAGGGAGCCACAGGCAAGAAGUUUGUGGACUUAAAUGGUCACCAGAUUACCAACAUCUAGCCUCAGGUGGUAAUGAUAAUAAACUUUAUGUAUGGAAUAUGAGUAGUGUUGUGCCAAUACAAACAUACACUGAACAUUUGGCUGCGGUAAAGGCAAUUGCUUGGUCCCCUCAUCAUCAUGGCUUACUUGCAAGUGGUGGUGGCACUGCUGAUCGCUGUAUACGUUUCUGGAACACUUUAACUGGUCAACCCAUGCAGUGGAUUGAUACUGGCUCCCAAGUUUGCAAUUUAGCAUGGUCUAAGCAUGCUUCAGAAUUGGUGAGCACUCAUGGGUAUUCUCAAAACCAGAUACUGGUCUGGAAAUAUCCAUCAUUGACCCAAGUAGCCAAACUCACAGGACACUCAUACAGAGUUUUAUAUUUGGCCAUGUCACCUGAUGGGGAGUCGAUUGUAACAGGUGCUGGUGAUGAAACUUUGCGUUUCUGGAAUGUGUUUAGUAAAGCACGAUCACAGAAAGAAGCCAAAUCUGCCUUGAAUUUAUUCACUAGUAUUCGUUAAUUAAUAGUAUGACUUUUAUUCAAGAAGCAAAUUAUCAAUUCAAACUUUUACAAAAGUGGUUUCAGAUUUUCUAGUUAUAUAAAAGAAAUUUCAUUUUUUUUCAAUUAUUUAUUUACAUCAAUCAAACUGCAGAACUGAGUUUUGUGAGAAAAGAUUAUAGAUUACAUAUAUUUUAAUUUGUCGAUUUAUAACUAUGCAUGUUGAAAAGUGAUUAAUUGUAUAUCAUCAAAUUUUCUAUUUUCUUAAAAGAAAAUCUUUUUUGCGAUUUCAUUUAUAUAUGCAGAUUUACAAAUUUAUUUUUGAAAUAAACCAUGAAAUUGUUAUGUUU